GGUAAAGACGCGUGCAUUCGCGUCGAAAUCCGUCUUCAUGGACGCCACCUGGUCACCGCAAAAUAUAUCUGCAUAGUUCAAAACCCGAAGUCAGUCGGCAUGUUUAAAAAGAAACCAAAUAUUAAGCCUCUCGCGCCGCUGCGCUCGAGCGACCGCCGUCGCACUGCAGACCAGAUCAUAAAAGACCUUGCCCUCCCGCUGCCCUCAGAGGAUGCGGCCGCCUCGCCGGAGGACAAGGCAGCGGCAGCGCAGGCCCGUAUUGACCUCCGCAACGCGCUCUUGCCAGACAACGCUCUCUCCGCACGAUUCACCACCACGCAUGGCCCGGAUCUGAAGCAAGUCUCUGGAACGGUCUAUGUCGGCUCUCAUGGAGGGGAUAGCGACGACCAGCGAGUACUAUGGGUGAGCAUUGAGGGGGUGUUGUAUCCUACCGUGUACACACUUUGGAAAAACCCGGGAAUAGUGCCACUUUUGCAUUGCGGCAGUAAUGUCGUGGAGGAGCGCUUGAAGGGUGGCGCAGACCUCAUGAUACCAGGUCUGAUCAACGGCCCGCCUUAUCCUUCCAGAGCGAAGAAGGGUGCCGUUGUUGCCAUUGCAGGUCAUACAAAGCCGUCUGUGCCGAUGGUUGUCGGCACGUGUGCCGUGGAUGUCUCUGAGCUGAAGGAGUCGAGAAAAGGAGUUGCGGUGGAGACAAUGCACUGGCAGGGAGAUGAGAUAUGGGCCUGGAGUGCAAGUGGAAAGCCAGGCGUAGAGCCUCCGGACCAGAUUGCUGGAUGGUUCGAGGGCGACGGCUCUAUUGACGAAGUCACGGAGAGAACGCGGGACUUGGAACUCGAAUAUGACGAGGAUGGAGGUGGAGUGGCUCUGCCAUCAUCUGCAGCGGUGCCAGACGAUGCAACUGUUGAGGAUGAGAGCGAAGAGCAGGCAGAAGAACCUGAAAGGGAUUUGACGACGGCAGAGAUCGAUGCUGCUUUCCUCAACGCCUUUCUUUACGGCAUCAACUCGUUCAAGUCGGCCAACCCAAACUCAAAGAAUUUCAACCUGCCAUUCCCGCUUUCCCAAACUUUCGUUCUCUCCAGCUUGAUCAACCCAUUUCUUCCCACCUUUACUCCACACCGGGCCUCGCAGCUUGUAAUCAAAAAGACGUCCUGGAAGACGAUUAAGAAAUUUAUCAAGCACCUAGACAAGCAGCACAUCGUCAAGAGCAAGGAUCAGCAAGGGAACGAAGCUGUGAUCCUCGAUGUGGACUUUGAGCAUGACGCAGUUCUGAGCUUCAAACCUUACAGGCUGCCAAAGAAGGAGAGCGUUGGCGGCCAGAGCCAAGCAGGUCGCGAGCCAGAUACCGGUGGAGACACCUCGAUAGGACAGCGCCUAACUGUGAGCUUGUUCUACAAGCCAAAGGAAAAAAUUACUGAACUCUUCGCCUCUAACACCGCAAAGACGUUUUACACCAAGUCUGAAAUCAGGUCCUCUGUAGAAGCCUAUAUCGAGGGCCAGGAACUUGUCUCGCCGGCGAACAAGCGCCUCGUGAAGCUGAAUCCUUUUCUCGCGAACAGUGUUUUUGACGGCUCUAAAGGCUCAUUGGACAAGGAAGUCCUAGCGAAUGGCAGCGUGACCCGUGAUAUGUUGACUGAACGUGUUCUUGCGUCCUGUGCAACAUUUCACGUGAUCGCGCGCAACGAUGCAUCACCUACCUCGUUGAAGCCCAAGGCCGGUGCGCCGCCGAAGAUACAAAUUGUACUUGAAACCCGUUCCGGAAACAAGAUGGUGACCAAAGUUUCUGGACUAGAGGCUUAUUCGAUCGCACCGCAGCCCCUGGCCGACGAGCUAAGGAAGGCGUGUGCAGGAAGCACGAGUGUGGAGAAACUAGCAGGAAGCAGCCCCAAAGCCCCGAUCAUGGAAGUCAUGGUUCAGGGCCCACAGAAGGACGCUGUUUUAAAAGCGUUGGAGAGAAGGGGAGUAAACAAAGCCUGGGUCGAUGUCCUGGACAAGACGAAGGGUAAGAAGAAGGGUUAAAGAGCACGGGCAAAGAUGCCACGUUCUUCAGGGAGUAUACAUGACUAUCAAGAAGCUAUUUGUGUACUCGUCUGAAUAUUAGCUCUGCAAAUGGCAUGGCCCGAAACGUAAAUCGUUCGUCACAGGCUUUGAAGCCUCCGCACAAAGUAGCCAAAAAUCUCACCCUUUUCACGUUUUCAGUUUUCUAUCAAAAUUAGCGAGCAAAGAUCUGAACUAAGCAAGUUGCGCACGUC